GAAGAAGAAGAAGAAGAAGAAGGCGUGCGGUGUCUCGUAUCGCCUUUAGCUGAUCGAUAACAAACCCGGUGUGUGUUGGUGGUCAGUAAAACAGCAGCCGUGCCCCGUCGCGCCCCCACCCCCAGCGGAGCUGUCAUGUGGCAGGAGGCCCGCAAACACGAGCGGAAGCUCCGUGGCAUGAUGGUAGACUACAAGCGGCGAGGCGAGCGCCGGAGAGAGUACUACGAGAAGAUUAAAAAAGAUCCAGCUCAGUUUCUUCAGGUUCAUGGCCGAGCCUACAAGAUCCACCUGGAUCCUGCAGUGGCUCUGGCUGCAGAGAGUCCCAUCAAUAUGAUGCCAUGGCAAGGUGAUGCCAACAACAUGAUUGACAGGUUUGAUGUAAGGGCUCACCUGGACUACAUCCCCACCUACACCCCCCCACUACUCAGCACAUCAUCUCCAGAGCAGGAGAUGGAGGAGAGGAAGUGCAAUUAUGAGCGCUACAGAGGCCUUGUGCAGAAUGACUUUGCCAACAUCUCCGAGGAGCAGUGUUUAUACCAGAUCUACUUGGAUGAGCUCUACGGUGGCCUGCAGAAACCAAAUGAGGAGGAAAAGAAAAAGCUGGCUGAGAAAAAGGCCACCAUUGGUUACACCUAUGAAGACAGCACUGUGGCAGAGCCCGAGCCCCAGUCGGACAAAGAUGAUGAAGACAAUUCGGAGAACAGUGAAUCCGAAGAAGAUGAGGGCAUCCCAGAUAUUGAUGUGGAGGUGGAUGUUGAUGAGCUGAACCAGGAGCAGGUGUUGGAUCUCAACAAAAUGGCAACACCAUAUGGAAUGGCUGAAGGAGACUUUGUCAGGAUGCUGAGGAAAGACAAGGAGGAAGUGGAGGCCAUCAAACACGCCAAGGCCCUGGAGGCAGAAAAGGCCAUGUACUCUGGCCGCCGUUCUCGCAGGCAAAGGAGAGAGUUCAGAGAGAAGAGACUAAAAGGACGACAGAUCAGCCCACCCAGCUAUGCAAGGCGAGACAGCCCAACAUACGAUCCCUACAAACGGCCAGAGUCAGAAUCCAGCUCUGAGUCACGGUCACGAUCUCGGUCUCCGGGUCCGGAGAAGAUCACCUUCAUCACCAGCUUCGGAGGCAGCGAUGAGGAAUCUGCAGCAGCAGCAGCAGCAGCAGCAGCACAAGCCGCCGCUCCUCACUCUGGCCACGCCCCCUCCAACUUGCAGCACCCUGCAGGUCAUAGCAGGGGCUCCCGGAGACGAAGGUCCUCCUCCAGUCGCUCCCCUUCCUCGUCCUCCCGCUCCUCAUCUCACUCCUCCUCUCGCUCCUCUUCCCGUUCACACCGUACCCGGCGAGGACGGGGCGGGAGGGACGGCCGUCGUUCCCGGACCCGCUCGCGGUCGAGACGGCGCUCCAGAUCUUACUCCAGAGGCAGAGGAGGAAACGGAGGGGCAGCGUCCUGGAGGAGACGUGAGCGCUCGCGGUCCAACGACAGAGACAGAGAGCGAGAGAGAGACCGAGACAGAGACAGACGACGAUACACUGCACGAAGACGAACGAGAUCCCGUUCCAGCUCGCGACAGGGGGGCAGCUCGAGGCGAGGGGGUCGGAGCAGUGGAGGACACCGGCGGGGAGACAGCGGCAGCCGCAGUCCCUCUCAGUCUCCCAGCCGGCUCAACCACAGUCCGUCCCCUGCUCACAGAGGAUCCCAGCCCUCUUCCACCACCGUCUGUGACAAGCUAAGAAAGCCUGAUACUGCGGGUGGUAAAGAGACGGGAGCUGCCAAACCCAAGAUGACCCCUCAGGAGCGUCUGAAGAUACGCAUGCAGAAGGCGCUCAACAAGCAGUCCAAGGCGGAUAAGAAAGCCGCCCAGGUGAAGAUCCAACUGCAGGAACACAAACGACAGGAGAGAGAGGGAGAACUACGAGCCAUGGCACGCAAGAUUCGCAUGAAGGAGCGCGAGCGCCGUGAGAAAGAGAGGGAUGAAUGGGAACGACAGUAUGGGCGGCAAAGCCACUCGCCUUCCCCUUCCAAAUAUGGCCGAGAAUCCAGCUCAUACAGAAGGUAUGUGAGAAGCCGCAAGAAUCCGCACAGCUCCGAUGAAACCGAGUGAAUUAUGGGUUAUUGUUUCUUUGCACGAACACGAUCUCAGAAGCUAAUUGUAUCGACUACAUUGACAAUACUCAAGCUGCGUUAUCUUCUUGUAAAUCCAGUGUUAGUGUUUAAAUCUGAAGCCCAGACCUGAAAAUCACACCAUAACAAACAUAAAGAUAAUUCACGUCCAAAUGAAUAUCUACAAACAGUUGUCCUUACAUAAACAUGAACUGCAGUUUGUUGGUCACUCAAUAGGUUAAUUUACUUUUAUAAAAAAAAGUAGCCCAACCAAUUUUGGAUUAUUCAUAUGAGGGGUUGUUAUUUUAAUGAAGGUUCUACAGGAUGUUGUUCUGCUGUACACACUGUAAAGCCUCCUGAGGCAAAUUUGUGAUUUGUGAUAUUGGGGAAGAAUAUUGCCCUGACUCGAUUUGAUCUGUCUCAAGUAAAUGAAAUUGUGUUUUAGGGCAACACCUCUGAUUCACCUUAACCCCAAAAUUUAUUUUAAUUUUCAAUAUCAGUAAAGCAACAAUUUCUCAAUAUCUCAAUAUGAACAAAAUUUUAAAUGGAGGAUUGGAAGCACUCACAUACAUAUUAUUAAAAAAGACUAUCGAAGACUUUGUUAGUGAUGGCUUGUGAGGAUGAUAACGGUGUGUUUACAUUAGUACCAUCUGUAAAAACUGAAAUAUGUCAAGUCUAUUUUUAUUUGUUCAGCUGACCAGUAUCACAAAUUUGCCUCAGGGGCAAAUAAAACAUCCGCUAUCCUUAGACCCUCAAUUUGAAUGAGGAAAAACAGUGACGAUCUAUGCAGGUCCCGCCUUUUUAUCCACCCUUCAUCCUCCUCUUUUUUUUUUUUUUUCCUU